AUGUUGACACAAAUUGAUCCUCCACAUCUAAUUGGCUACAACAACUCAACCAUCAUCAGAGACAUCUACAUCAAGAAUGCAAGUGACAUGUCUCUAAAAAUUACUCUUUGGGGAAAUCAAGCAUCAAACUUUUCUAUCAGUGAUGUUUACAAUCAAAGCAGCAACCAACCUAUUGUCAUACUGCUUGUUGGAUUUCUUGCUAAACGAUUCAAAGGUCAACCAUACCUAAGUGGUACUACAGCAAGUUCAUGGUACUUCAAUCCUGGAAUUCCUGAGGCGCAGACCUACUACAACAGGUUGCAAAACAAUGACCUCCAACUAAUACAACCCACAGCAGCCAAAGAAGAAAUCCAGGUUUCUCAACCACCAAAUUUGGAACACAAGACUGUUGAAGAGCUGCUCGACAUAGAUCCAGACAUGUUUCCCCCAGAAGGCUACAGAUGCACUGUUACUAUCUCACGCAUUGUGCAAAACAGCAAAUGGUGGUACCCAUCUUGCUCCAGGUGCCACAAAUCUUCAUCUCAAACUUCAACUGGAUAUCACUGCACAUCAUGUGGCUGCACAGAUAUUAACUUUAGAUACAAGCUCAGCUUCAUUGCUACUGAUGGGACAUGUGAAGCAGAGUUCUUUUGUUUUGAUAGCAUAGCCAGAAAAAUAGUAGGAAAACCUUGUGACAACCUUGUUACAGCAGUUACAACUUCUCAGGGUCCCCCAGCAGCCCUAGCCGCUAUUGUGUGUCUGAAAUUUACCCUUGCAGUUGCCAUCAAUAUGUCAGCCUACUCAGUCACAAAUAGAGUCUUCUCUAUUCUGUCUAUUUUAACAAAUCAUGGAAGACAAUCCUUCAUACCAUCUAACAUGCCUAGCCAUCCUCAACAAGAGUUGCAUACACAAGAUGAAAUACCUAGCCUUCCGACCACACAAGACUCUCCAGCAACAUCAAUGGCAAAACUAUCUACCUGUAGCAACGAAAAAAACGAGGCACGACGCGUUCUAAUAUAUUCAGAUAUGCCGCAUGACACAGAGGUACCUUUAGUACUGCUAAAUACUUAAUUUCCAUGCACUCACAAAGGUACAUAUCUAUUGCAUUUUAAUACCAGAUAUAAAUUGAUACAAACAAUACCCACAGAAUAAAUAAACUAAGACAAAAUGAACUUCCACUUUGUCAUAGCAAACUACAUUCAUAUAUUUUAUGCACUUAAUCACAUGGUGAUGACCAGCACAUAAGUGAAGUCAACAACCAAGAGUUAUCGUCACCACCGAAAAGGUAUGUAUUACAAAGAUAGUUGAACAUAAUAGCAGUACCAACGACGACCUUCUUUUAAAUGAUACAUCUUAUUUUCCACGCUAAUACAACAUUCAUAAUAUUAUACAGGAUAAAACAUAGCCACACUAACAAAGGCGCACCAGAUCUUACAGACCCAAAAAAGAAAAGCUCCUAGAUCAUCAUCAAGUUCAUGGAGGUAUUUGCUUUUGCGCACCUAUCAAGAGCAACCAUCACUUUUGGACCAUGAAUGCUUCCCUGUACAUAUGAACCUACUGGUAGACUAUUUAUGGAUCUGUACAUAUUGACUUAACACCUGCAAGCACACUAUUGCUAAGUGUUGAUGUAUGGUGGUUGAAUACUACUUAGUAUGUAUUGUACUCUAAAUGCACUCUACAACUGGUAUCAACUAUUAAGGAUGAACAACGUUAUCUAUUUAUAUUUUAGUUCCUUGCCUA